AGACACAAUUUGUUUAUUUUUCUUUUUAAAAAAUGGCUAAACUUUUGAAGCUUAGAAUAUCUAAAGCUGUAUCUAGCUCUUUCCAUUCAUGUCGUUCCAAGGACCCUUGUACACUUCCUCAACAUCCUAUCCCUUCAUUCUUCCCAAAUACACAACUCAUCACCCUUGAUCUUUUGUCCGAAAAAAUGAUUCAUCGAAAUAAUGAGUCAUUAUUGAUAUCGACUCCGAUAACCGCCGGCAACCGAUGUAGCUCAAGGAAUGGAGAAGCAAACACAUCCGAUGAUAGCCGCACCAGCUACGUGUUGUUUUCGGAUGAUUCGUCCUUGACUACCACGACAAGGCGUCCAAAAAAGAUUGCUACCACCAAGAGAAGAGUCAAGAACGUCACAAGGGGCAUCAUAAACAAAAAUGGUAGAAGGUCAUCAAUUUCGACGUCAACGACAUCAUCGGACGGCGAAUUACCGGCGAGGUUGUCGGAGUUGAUACCUUGUAACGUGGAGAGAAAAGUAAAGGAGAGUUUUGCCAUAGUGAAGAAAUCAGAGGAUCCAUAUGAAGAUUUCAAAAGUUCGAUGAUGGAAAUGAUUUUGGAGAAAAAAAUGUUUGAGAAAAAUGAUUUGGAGCAACUUUUGCAGUGUUUUUUGUCAUUAAAUGCUAAGAAUUAUCAUGGUGUGAUUGUUGAGGCUUUUUCUGAGAUUUGGAACACAUUGUUUUCACCUAAUCAUAGUUAGGAUAACUUCAAGAAAUUAGUACUCCAUUGGUUGCGCUUUUCGUACGGACUUAUAUCAACAUUUUAAGAUGUAUUUUUUCAUCAUAUUAAUAUGAGAAUUAUAGCA